AUGGUGGAUUAAGGAGUCUUUCGCUCAGAAGCGGGAGCAGAGUGUGGUGGUGGUGGUGACGACGCGGUUUCCACCACAACGCCAAGGAAAAGAAAGAGAGGAAUCAAGGCGACAGAGCACCAGACUCAGCCUACUUGGUUUUCCAAGCCGAAGCUGAAGAAUUCUUUCCAAAAACAUCCACGCGCCUCUGCAGACAUGGAGGCGGCGAGUUUGGCACACGGGGUCGCGAGCCCGGUAAGCCAGCGCGAGGGCAUGACCAAGAACGUGAGCCUGGAGUCGCUCCAGCUGUGCGAGAGAGACGGUAAGGCUGAGGAUCCCGGAGUGGUAGGAAUGGAAUUACCUGUUGCUCGCAACAUCAAGAUCAGUAACAUCACAUGUGACUCCUUUAAGAUCUGCUGGGAAAUGGACCCUCAUACCACAGAGAAGAUCACACAUUACUUCAUUGAUCUUAACAAGAAGGAGAACAAGAACUCCAACAAAUUCAAACACAAGGAUGUGCCUACUAAGCUUGUUGCUAAGGCAGUCACGUUGCCCAUGACAGUGCGAGGCCAUUGGUUCCUGAGUCCACGGACAGAAUACACAGUUGCCGUGCAAAUAGCAUCCAAACAGACGGAUGGAGACUACGCUGUAUCAGAAUGGAGUGACAUUGUUGAAUUUUGUACAGCAGAUUAUUCCUCAGUGCAUUUGACGCAGCUGUUGCAGAAGGCUGAAGUCAUUGCUGGCAGGAUGCUCAAGUUCUCCGUCUUUUACCGAAAUCAGCAUGAGGAAUACUUCCAACACUGCAGAGAUGUUCUUGGCAGUCGAAUGAUGCCCUCGGUAAAGGAUAACAGCGGUAGUCAUGGUUCACCUCUCAGCGGUAAACUGGAGGGGAUCUUCCUCAGCUGCAACACUGAGUUUAACACAGGUCAGCCACCACAGGAUUCCCCAUACGGCCGCUUCCGCUUCCAGAUACCCGCCGAGGUUCUGUUCACCCCUGACACGCGCCUCUACUUUGGGGACUUCUACUGCAUGUACACUGCCUAUCAUUAUGUUAUCCUCGUCCUGGCUCCCCGGGGCUCGCGUGGAGACCUUUACUGCAGAGAUCGCCUGCCAGAGCUGGAUGUGACGAACAACCGCUUUCUCACACGUGUGUGCGGGGAGGAUGGGCGGGUGGUGUUUCAGCAUGCGCAGGAUGUGAUUCUGGAGCUGAUUUAUACUGAGCCGGUGCAGCUGGCACAGGGGACUGUCUCUCAGAUCAGCGGCCACCAGUUGAUGAGCUUCUCAACUGUCAAUGCUAAGAAAGACCCCAGCUGCAAGACCUGCAACAUCAGCGUUGGGCGCUAACUUGGGGCGAACAUUCACACACAGGCCCAAUUGUACAUAUAACAAGAAGACCUCCUGAACAAACAACCUUAAAAUGCUACGUUACAGAACCAGAUACAAAUUAACCCCAAGAUAAUAGAAUCCUCCAGAUAUGCGCAUGUGGCACUCAGACCCUUUUAGGGGCCACCCAACCCCCCAGCUAAUGCUAGAAAAUUAUAUCUUUGCUCAAUGAACUAAGAAGUGUUAAAAAAAAAGUGCAACAGAAAAAAUAGAA